AUGUGCCGGGACAACAAGGGUGGCAACAAAGAGACUUGGCACCAACAACCGCUGCGCGGUUGUGUCAACAUAGACUCUAGCACCCGCUCCGUCUAUCUUGCAAAGAGUCCGGGACAGAGGAUGUUCGCAUUCAGCUCCUCCGGCUGUGUUCCAGGGCAGCACAAAGAGAACUACAUGGGCGAGAUUGGCACUGAGCCGCCUUGCAAAGACAUCUACGACACCUUCAGUCAGGCUCCUAUUGCGAGCCUCCUUCUCGAUGUCAACGGCUGGUGCAACUUUCAGAACUUCAUAACCAAUGAGGACAACCUCGAGAACAUUCUGGAGAUCCUCGCGGAGGCUACGACCUAG